AUGUAUACCAAAUCGACCAUAGCGAUACUCGUCGCGGCUCUCUUCUCUGACCCAAGUACGCAGUUCAGCUGUCGUACACGGGAGAGGUGGGGAUUCUCCCCGGUGUGCUGCACGCGUAUAGAGGGCCAGCUUGGAAUCAACUGUCUUUCGGCACACCAGCUGGGCGUCACAAACCCCAGAUGGGAAUGCAACUUCUUGGUCUACAACACCGCAGGAUGUUGCCAGCCUACCGUAAAUUCUCAGGUUACCAUAUUUGAGACUGAUAGGGCUAAUUGGAUCGAAUUGCAGAUUUACACAAACCCGAACAACAACUACACUUUUGCUCUCUGCGGAACACAGGUCGAUCCGAGAUAAUAAGUGGUACUGUGGUCUAUGUACGAUAGAAG